AUGAUGGGUGCUGGCACUCCAGCCUCAACCAUUUCCACCAAAAUCAAAGAGGAUUGCUACAACAAGUUCAUCAAAGAUAACGGCCAGACCGUUCGGGAAUCGACAUACCAAGCCCAUCUCCUGGUGAAGGAAUAUUCUCAAUACUCGGCCAACCCUCCACCUGCAAACGUUCCCGAUAGCCAAUUGGGGUCCGUCAAAGAACGUAUAUUGGUGUUGUGUACGAAGUACUCAGGAAGGGUGUUGUUGCAGAAAGGGAAACUCAAUGAGCUGAAAAACCAGUAUCAAAUUGGAAGAACCUGGGAUCUUGAAGAGUUGAAGGCCAUCACCAAAGCUGGUGCUGACGGACUUAUUUUGAGUCUCAACAAGGAUUAUUACUGGAAAUACGAAGAGGGACCUGACAGAAUCGAACGGUUUGUCAAGUUCUUGACAAGGUCUUAUGGUAUGUAUAUGGGAAAGUAUCCGGUGUUAAAUGGGUGGUCCAUCGAAGAAUUCGAUUUACCACUUACCGCCGUCAAGAAACCAUUUGGAGUGAAUGCCUCUACACAAGAAGUGUCCUACCCUCAACCUGACGCACAACUCAUGAAGUCCAAGUCUCUUAAGCGCAAGAACUUGCCUAACCCGGUGCUACCAUCUCUACCGCAACCUCGACAAACAUCUCAGUCUUCUUUCCAACAAACCGGUCAACUGAAUGUAUCUGUCGAGGAUCUUUACAAGGAUAUAGACUUCACUGCCAAUGGAAAAUUGCCCAUGAAGCCCAUGAAAGUUAUCACCCGGUCAGCUGAUAUUUCUCAAACCUCGUUGCCUGAAAGCACAGGAACAAGCAGAGAGUAUUUGAACCAAACAUCCGACUCUCAUUAUCCCCAGUCAUCAAUGAAUCAUCCUUACCAAAGCGUCGCUCCAGCAAGAAGUGAAACGGAAUUUACCAAUGAUUCCCAGAGUUUUAUCUUCGGCCCUGAAGACAUAGCAGAAGAAUUACCGAAGCAAAGGACUAGCCAAAGGGCAAAUUCCUCGGCCCAAUCUCAACAACUGGGAUCCAGAAAGGUGUCUGAACAGUUUGAAACCAAUGCGGCGCUACACAUGCAAUUGGAAGAAAGAUUAAGGCAACCUAAUGGUAUAUUUGAUUCAAGUCAGGACUACGGUAUCGAAGAAUCUAAUUUUACUGACGAAGAAGAACUCGGAAAGCCUAUAAAUGCAGUUAUUCUUGAAGAGGAAAGUCUCAAGGAUGUCUCACAGUCAAGUAACAUUGACAGUAGAGACAUGGGUGCUAUUGACUCUUCCAUUCAAGAAAUUGAGGAUUUCAUGGACUCCCAAUUAAACUUUGGGCUGAGAAACAAGUCCAUAUCCAAAUCUAUUAUGUCCUUAAGAGCACCAGCAACUCAAAAUAAUGUCAUAGUAAUAGACUCCCUGGAAGCUGAUGUACUGGAUGACAGGAGCUUUUUGGCAACUGAAAACGACACUAGUAACACCCAUGACUAUACAGAGUUCGAGACCGAGACUGACGCUGAAGCAGACUUGAAUGUCUCCAAGAAAACAGGUACUUUGCAACAAGAUAGAGAUCCUGAAAUUGAGGAAAUUUUAGAUGAACUUCAAUGGGAAAUUGAAGAUGAUUGCAAUACUCUUAUCAAGAAAUUGACAGGCGAAUUGAACAAGUUGAAGUACAACAAUGUUAAAGAGCUUGUAAAUUUGGAUUUUAGUGGUGACUCUAAGAAAGAAGACUUGAAAACGUCUUUGGAUGAGAUCGAAAAUAUCAACCACAUCUUUAGAAAAAUGGAGAUCAACUUCAAGAUCUUGGCUCCCGAAAUUAGUACCAUUGAAAACAAUUCCCAGGGUUUACAAGUCAAAUCUGUAAACAAAAAGUCGCUAUUCAAAGAUCUCAAGUCGAUAUUGGAUAAAGUUAGUAUGUCUGCAAGGGACUUAUCUGCAAUCGAAAAUUUCAAAGAGUUUGACAGAAUCAAUAUGUUACAGACCGUUGAAUCACAGAUCUUGAAUCUAUACAAUGCUUUAGAGACGAUUAGACAAGAUCAAACGCGGGAUAUUGAUGAUUCGGAUCGCUUGGAUUCUAUGAAUGCGUUGAAGCAGUAUCUUUCAAAUUAUGGAUCUGUCUCGAACAGAUUCAUCAAACAUUUUCUUGAUUUUUUCAAAAAACAAUUCUCCUUUAGAAUGGAUCAGUUAAACUCGUUGGACAGAAUAUAUCCCAAGUCAUUGUAUGUGGAAUUAAACAGUCUCACAAUCUAUUCUACGUUUACAUUUUUUACCAAGGAAAUCUCUCCCGGUGACUUUAACGACUUGAAGUUGUUUGUGACAUCCAGAUUGGCUGACUUCCUUGAGAAGUUGUUGAAGAUGAGAAUCAAGACAAUCAAGUUUUCUGAUUCUCAUGCUAAGUUUGACACAGCAAAUGCUUCAGUAUCAUCUAGGCUUGAGAGUUCUGAGCUUGGUUCGUUGAAAAAAUCAAGAACUUUGAGGCUAGCCUCCAGAAGAGACAAGUUGAUUGGGAAGUUGGGCUUCUCAGAGGAAGAUCAUUUACCCAAAGUAUCUGCUCCUUCUUCGCCAAAAGUGGAAACCCCCGCUUCCGAAGCCAAUUAUUCCAACUCGUUGGUAACCUCUACGGGGAUUGAAGAUACCAAGACCAUUGUUGAUAUUGUGAGUGAUGCCAAAGAAAUUUCAAUCAUAUUAACGAACUUCAUUGGGCAAGUGUUUCAUUAUGAAAGUAAUAUUUUCAACUUAAACGACUUUAUGAAAUUCAAUCCACUUGAAAAAAGAGUUGAAAACCUAGAUAAGGCUCCAAUUGAGGUACAAAAUAACUACACAAAUGACUUGGUAUCGGUAUUGAACUCUAUUUUUGGUAAUUAUAAUAACUUGUUCACCAAGAAGAUUGUGCCUAUCGAGUACAACAUUCCGGUUAUUUUAUUGUACUUGGAGUCGUUAUCAAACGAGUCUCAAAAGGAGAACCUUGAUUACUUCGUGUUCAAUUUCUUGAAGAAGGUCUUGGAUAAGUAUAGGCAUAGCUGGACCAAGUUUGUUAAAGGUCAUAUAGACAUGGUGAACAAAUCUUCUGUCAGUUCAAAAAGUGGAAUUCUUCCCUGUAUUAAGAAUGUUAACCAAUUUUUCCAUUUGACAGAAUCAGCGUUAGACCAUCGUUCUAGAGUUUAUGGUGACUUGGAUGACUCUGACACCAAGACUAUUUUGGCUCAGUCUUACAAGGAAAUUACAGAAGCCUGUAUUCAUUUAUUCGUUAAAGAUGACCCCUUAUUGAAGAACACUGAAUUCGAUGAGAAGGAAAGAAACCACAGAAAUGUUAGCAUCAUGCAGAAUAUCUUCAGCCUCUCAGAGCAGUUGGUAUUAUUCAAUAACGAAAGAACGAAUAAAGUCAAAUCCAAGUUGGAUACUGUUUUUAAGAAGGUUCAAGAGACGUAUUUCAGCAAACUAUUGAACCAGAAUAUUGGCAAAAUCGUUGAAUUUGUCAACAAUUUCGAAGCCUUGACCGAUAAUAACGUCAAGGCUAAAAAGUACAAUAAGAAAACCGUGAAGACAAUUUUAUCGGGAUACACUACCAAGGAUCUAGGCAACAGAGCUGGAGAAAUUCGGCGGAAGCUCGAAAAGCAUUUUAUUUCUGGCAAUAAUAUGUUUGAAAAGGAUUUGUUAGACAGGCUUUGGAGUGAUAUGGAGAAGCAGUUCAUCAUGUACUUUUUCAGAUUGGACAAUAUUCUUUCAAGAAACUAUAGUGACAUCGAGUAUCAUAUUUCCAAGCAAGAGAUUCAUUCCAUCUUUAGAUCUCUUAAUUCGUAAGCGAAAUGAUGAUCGCGGUUUACUGGGCAAAUUAGAUAUACAAGUUUUUGGCACGUAAAAUGUUUAUUGUAGCUUGUGGCUGUUACUAAAGAGAAUUAUUUGGUGGUUGAUUAGACUCUGAUUUUUUGGUGAAUUUAGGGAGACUCUUUAUCAUCCUUUUUGUUAAUAUUCUUAUAUAGCACUUUUUUAUCAAUUGUUGCAAAAUUCACAGAACUAAAAAAAA